GGCGGAGCUGGGGGCUGUAGCGAUUCCGAGUUUUACUGAAGCUCCAAAAGACUACCGGCCCCUCCCUCCCUGCGCCUCGGCGGCCCGCCCAACCGGCUCAAACUCCCGACUGAAUCCAGCCCGAGUCUGGGGAAACCUGACGGCCUGGCGAGACAAAAAACAAGACUAUCCCGUACCCACCAUACACUCAGCUCUUCAGUAACAGAUGCAGUGUAAGGACAAUGGAUGAGGAUGAGACAAGGCUUGCACUCAGUUCCCAAGAGCCAAAAAUUAUAUUGCAUGGAUCAGAUGACGGAGGUGCUGGCGGAGAGGAGUUUGUGGUGGAACUACAGGAGACUGUUUUGGUGUCUGAGGGCGAGGGGAUGGCAGUGCACAGGUUUGCCCCCGAGGAGCUAGUGAUUCAGGACGCCGUCGAGGACGUGGUGGCUGAGUAUGUGCACUGCGAGGAGGACGAGGAUGUUGCCGUGGAGACCUGUGGGAUGUCCUUGGAGGGAGAGGAGGAGGGGGUUGCCAUGGGGGACAUCCCUGAGGAAGAUGGAUUGGAUCCGGAGCAGGAGGACCCAGAGGGUUGUGGUGACUACCUGAUGAUCUCUUCACACAAUCAGCCUUGUGGUAUUAGAUAUGCACGGACCAUAGCCAAUAGGAGCUUCUCCAACCAACCAACGUUGUUGUUUUUUCCAGGGCGGGGUGGUGUGGACGAGGCAGGUAAAAUGGUGUCAGAUGACGGGACAGAGGUCACAGUGGAGGGGGCUGUGGAGGACCAGGAAGUGGAGAAGGAUGAAGAUGGCCAGGAGGUCAUCAAAGUGUACAUUUUCAAGGCCGACUCUGGGGAGGAUGACAUGGGAGAAACGGUGGAUGUCAGUGAUGGUGAGCCAGAGAGUGUAGCCCUCGCGGAUACCUCUGGGCGACCCGUCAGAGAGAAGAUGGUCUACAUGUCUGUUGGAGACUCUCAUCACCAUCAGGGCAACCAUGGAACGUCAAAGGUGUCCGAUGACGUGUACAUGGAGGUGGUGGUGGGAGGGGAGGAGCCAGUGAGUCACGAGCGCUCGUAUGACGGCACUGCGCUCAGCAAGGACUUCAUGCCCGUGGCGUGGGCCGCGGCCUACGGCGCUGAGGACAGCGAAAGUUGCGAGAACCGUAACGGGGCCGCCAGUGCCCUCCUGCACAUCGACGAGUCCGACGGAGGCGACAAGCUCAACAGACAGAGGAGCAAAAGCAAAAAACGAGCCGAACCGCGGCAGGUCCAGACAGCCAUCAUCAUCGGCCCCUACGGCCAGCCUCUGACGGUAUACCCCUGCAUGCUCUGCGGCAAGAAGUUCAAGUCCCGAGGCUUCCUCAAACGCCACACCAAGAACCACCAUCAGGAAGUGUUGACCAGGAAGAAGUACCAGUGCACCGACUGCGAGUUCACCACCAAUAAGAAGGCGAGCCUCCACAACCACAUGGAAGUCCACACGCUAAGCAACAAGGCCCCGUUCGAGUGCGAGAUGUGCGGCAAGGAGUUUCACCAGCAGGCGGCGCUGUUCUCGCAUCGGCUACAGCACCACCACCGGGAGCCCAAGAGUGUCCAGGUACCUUCUCAAACCAAUAAGAUGCACAAGUGUAAGUUCUGUGACUAUGAGACGGCCGAACAGGGGCUGCUCAACCGGCACUUGCUGGCCGUCCACAGCAAAAGCUUCCCUCACAUCUGCGUCGAGUGCGGCAAAGGCUUCCGGCAUCCCUCGGAGCUCAAGAAACACAUGCGCACGCACACGGGCGAAAAGCCCUACUCCUGCCUCUACUGCGACUACAAGUCGGCCGAUUCUUCCAACCUCAAGACGCACAUCAAGACCAAGCAUAGCAAGGAGAUGCCCUACAAGUGCGAGCGCUGCUUCCAGACCUUCGCCGAGGAGGAGGAGCUGCUGCAACACAGCCUGACCCACGAGGAGGCCAAGACCCACCAGUGUGCCCACUGCGACCACAAGAGCUCCAACUCCAGCGACCUGAAGCGCCACAUCAUAUCCGUGCACACCAAGGACUACCCCCACAAGUGCGCCGUCUGCGGCAAAGGGUUCCACCGGCCCUCGGAACUCAAGAAGCACUCGGCGUCGCACCGUGCCAAGAAGCUGCAUCAGUGCCGGCACUGCAACUUCAAGAUCGCCGACCCCUUCGUGCUCAGUCGCCACAUCCUGUCGGUCCACACGAAAGAACAGCAGGCCUCGCCGGAAAAACCGGAAGCCAAGCGAACCUUUGAGGGGCCGGCCCCCAGCACGGUGGCAAAGAAGGGUGGCUCCGGGGGGGUCAGCUUUGCCAGUAUCGCCAGCGUGCCCAACGUGUCCAGUGGGGGCAAGGGGCCCAGGGAGAGGCGGGUGUACCAGUGCCAGUACUGUGACUACAGCACUGGGGACGCCUCGGGCUUCAAGCGCCAUGUGAUUUCCAUCCACACAAAAGACUACCCUCACCGCUGCGAGAUCUGCUCCAAAGGGUUCCGUAGGCCCUCGGAGAAGAACCAGCAUAUCCUGCGCCACCACAAGGACCUGGUGCAGGGAGAGUGACCUCCCGCCCCACCCCACCCACCCCUCCCCCCCCUCCCAGGCGUUGGUUCUUUCUUGUGCCACCAACCGACCACAGCAACACUAAUGCAGCCACUACCACCACAACAUAAUCAGUGCAACCUUAGCACUGUGCCUCGCCAAUGGAGACCAGUGACAUUUGAUGUUUGUUUAUACGUCUGAAUGAGUGUGUGCGUGCAUUUUAAACAUUAACAAGUAGUCAGCUUUUUUAUUUUCCUUCUUUUAAAAAAUAAUAAUUAUUCCAUCAACCAUAUGUAUCACCUACUCAAAACCAGCUGGCGUAUAAGCUCUCUGGUGAAGGGUGACAGAGACUUGUAAAGACUUGCACUUUAACUGCAUGUGUCCCAUUGCAAGAGACAGUGUGCAUGGCAGAGCGUGCAAGAGUCUGGACCCUGUGCUUUUUUGUAGAUGCAUGUUUUUUUUUUUACUCCUGUCACUCCAUUUAGUUCUUAUAAAAGUUAUAAAGCUUAGUUUGUAUCCUCACAUAAAAUAUUAAAUGAAUCACUUACAGGAUGUUCGUAUUUAAACAAUGAGAUGGACUUUGAUUUACCCGACAAAAACGCUUAGUCGUUAAAGAGAGGUACUUCUAAUAGCACUUGCCAAUUGAUUGUUUUAAUAUUAUGAAUGCAGUUAUGAAGUUCAGAACUACAAUUAAAGUUCUGAACGCUGUGUGCUUGAGUCGGUUUUGACAUACAGACAUGUAUCUAUUGUGCUUCCUGGUGUUCUGACCCACAUUUGUCAUCAUACGUUUGUAUCGUAAGGAGAAUUGUUAGAAAAAUGGUUAUGUUGCUACCCAGUGUCCAAAGGAGUCAAGACUGCAUCUGGCUGCAACCGUCCCACAUAGCAGUGAAAAUCAACUGGUCCAUCUGAGUGGUCUGAAUGUCAGAGCUCAAUAAGUUAGCAGUGAAUUGUAGAUCAUGCCAGUGCAGUGAAUAUUUCCAUACUUACAAGUUUACAUGGCCCAAUCAAAUAUUUGGAAUGAUUAAAGUGGCCAUCUGAGUGGACACACUAAGCAGUAGGGAGGGGGUAUCUGGUACCACUGAUUCAAAUGACUAUGGACUGAAUUACCCAUACAGAUCUGCUCCUAUUGUUGGAAAGGAAAUUGUAUUUGUUGUACCCUUGGUAGAACUAAAACAGUGAGGGCUGGUGGUAUAUUUGUGUUCUGGCUUUUUUCGCCUGUUAUCAUUUCUGUUUUAUAUUUAUUUCAUCAUGAUUUGUUGUAUAGUUCAGUGUAACUAGAAUUCUAUGGGACGUAAAUUAUUGUUUUGUACACAAAUCUGUAAAAAGCGUGUAGAUGUAAACAUUUGUGAAGGAGAAGGAAUCAUUUGAACUGUGUUAUGGAUGUACUUGGUGUAUUUGUUAAAAAAAGAAAACGGGAGCAAAAUAAAAAGCUAAAGUAUUUUA